UUCGCCGGUAAGAUCGCAAUUUUUCUUUUGGUGUGUUGGUUCGGUCGGAGUGACACUGUGUGUGCGACUUCUCCCUACAUCAAUCAGCUGAUCGAGUGGCGUACCCGUGACAAUCGUCGAAUUAGCGAACAGCUGUUAGCCGAAACAUAACCUCAAAUGGAGAGCGAGAAAGUCGUACAAACGAAGACCAAGGAGGGAAAGUGCAAGAUGAUUGAAGGGGCUCUUCCGCUAAUGCAGUGUGGAUCUCUUGAAGUUGGGGAGGAGAAAAAGCACCGCAUUCCUACGAUGGAGGGCCUGAUCAGCAGUAAGAACAAUAACACUAGCAGCAGCAACAACAAAGAUGCAGCUUCUAACCAACAGAGGUUGGCAGUGCUGAGCUUCGAGCAGGUGCGACGACUCAACGAUGUCAUGGACGAGGUAGUCAGCAUCCACGGACGAGGCAACUUCCCCACCAUCGAAGUCCGAUUACGAGACCUAGUGAACGUUGUCAAGACCAAGCUAGAGAGUGAUACAGCGAGUGGUGGUGCCGGUAUGAAAGUGCGAGAUAUCAGACUGAACGGAGGUGCGGCAUCUCAUGUCCUAGCGACCGAGUCUCAGCCUUAUAAUGACCUGGAUCUCAUAUUUGGAGUCGAGUUGUCGAGCGGAAGUUAUUUUGACCGUGUGAAAGCGGCUGUGUUGGGUUCUCUGUUCGAUCUUUUGCCCAAAGGAGUAAGUCGUAAGCGCAUCACGACGUGUAGUCUGAAAGAAGCUUAUGUGGGAAAGAUGGUGAAAGUGAAUCACGAAGGUGACAGAUGGUCUCUCAUAUCCCUCGGCAACUCCCGAGGGCACAGGAAUGUGGAGUUGAAAUUUGUCGAUUCGAUGAAAAGGCCGUUUGAGUUUUCUGUCGAUUCCUUCCAAAUCAUCCUGGACUCGUUGUUGCUGUUUUACGAGUGCUCCGAGCUGUCCAUCAGUGAAAACUUUUACCCCACUGUCGUUGGCGAGUCUGUGUACGGGGACUUCCAAGAGGCGUUGUACCAUUUGCACAAAAAGCUCAUCGCCACCCGACAUCCGGAAGAAAUCAGAGGCGGCGGUCUGUUAAAGUAUUGUAAUUUAUUAGUCCGUUCGUACAGACCUGCCCAGCCCGAUUACAUCAAGACGUUGGAGCGGUACAUGUGUUCUCGGUUCUUCAUAGACUUUUCCGAUGUCCACCAACAACGUGCCAAGCUGGAGAACUACCUGUGGAACCACUUUGUCGGGCCAGAGGAGGAGUCCCUGAAGUACCAGUACUUGAUGUUGCUGCACAGUGUCGUGGAGGAGUCCACGGUGUGUCUGAUGGGCCACGAGAGACGACAGACCCUCAGUCUCAUAGAGGAGCUAGCAUGCCAAGUGUUCUGUCAGGAGCAGCAGCGACUGUUGGCCUCUCAGCCCGCGACCAUAAUCUACGCCGGCGGCUACUACUACGCUCCUAUCAUUCCGACCUACCCCACACCCUACACCUCGUACAUGACCUGUACGUCGUAACGACAUUCCCGUUGAGCACUCGUCGGUGUUGUUUCGGCUGUGAAGAUUCUGGCAGUGUAACGAGUUUCUCAUCUCAAUAUCACAUCCGAGCGAGCCGCAAAGCCUGAGAUUUGAGUUACUGAAAGGUAAAUUAAUAAUUUAAACGUGAUCUCACCAGAAGUACUCAGUCUGACCGAUUGUUAACAAUAUAUGCUGAGAACUUUGCCGUAAAAUUAUUGUGAUGUGACAAUCUCUUAACGGUUUUAUAUUUUUCAUUCUAACUUUAUAUUUAUUCUUUUCAUUUCUUUCAAUUAUGAUAUUGUUUGAGAUUUGUGAACCUUCACGCACAAAUUUAUUUGAAGAUGAGCAUAUCGAGAAAGACUUAACCUACAUAUUUUGUUUGACAUGUUUCAAGUAUUGAGGCUAAUCUGUAUUUUUGAUUAAUUUUUCAAUAUGAAAAAUGUGUUUGUUGUACAACUGUUCAAAGAGUUUUCAAUAUGAGUUGCCUAUUAAGGAACCGCACAAUAAAUAAAACUAAAGGCUCUCAAUUACAGUAUAAUUACACUUCUAAAAUUUUAUAUUUUAUGCUACCCAGAGAUUCCUAGAAAUAUUUAUGUUUUCAUAUACAGUAAAUGGUUUCUGGAACUAGGCUAAAUUAUAUUCAUUGUUUCAUCAUUUAGAUUAAGCAAAAUGGUCUGAUUCAUUAAGAAUUAAGAGGCUAACUAAAGUUCUGUGUUUUUGAACUGAACAAGUAGACUCUCAGAAGAAUACCGGGAGCCAAUUAGUAGUUCUGUGUAAUUUUAUCUAUUUUAAUAAAGGCUAUUUAAGUUAUUUUGUUUAUUUUCUUGAUUGUAUACUUGUUAUUUUAUCACUUUGUGGUGGUGGGCUAUAAAAAUAUGGUUAUAAUAAAAUUUAUAGUUUGUAUACGACUAAAUUAUUUUUUUUGUAUAUAAACUAUAAAUGAUUUUCUGAUUACAUACAUACUGUACUUAUGGUGCACUUUGAAUUUGUUUUCCAUUGCAAAAGUCAAUUGAACAAUACGACUGAGCGAGCAUUAGUUAUUUCUGUUUAUUUUUGUUUUGGGAAUAACUUUUAUCUAAUUGAAAUAUAAAAAUUUCCUUCUGAGUAGUUUUGCUUUUCUCAAGUUGGCUAUGAUAUUUUUACAACGAUUUAAAUUGUUUUUGGCUGUGUCAACAAAGUGAAUUGUUGCCGUUACAGUAUUUAAAUAACUUAGACAAGAAAUAAAGAAAUUUUAAGAAGACUUGCAAACAGUGAAGAUCAGAAUGUAUUUUAAAAAAUUGCUUGCAAAUUUAUUACCAUAAUGUGUCAAUAAUCAAUGCAAUUUCACAUUAUAGUUAUGAUAAACCAACUAAAUAAGCCUAAUAUAUCGAGAAAUCUGGGACAGAAUUGUGUGAUUACUUGAGAGAGUUUUAUUAGGUGAAACCAUUGACUAGUCAAUGGUGAAACAUAUUUCUAACUCAAGUACUGUGAGAGUGACACCUUAUUGGCAAAAAGAUCAGAUAAACAAUAUCGGGACCUCUUCACGGUUUUUUUCAGGACUAACUGAAUAAAACUCAGUGAAGGAAUCGUUAUAGGUCUUACCAAGGAAUAAUGAGAAUAAACGGUUUAAGGCUCAAAAAUGAAGCUUGGUAUUUCAUAAUUUAUACCUACCUAAAGAUUUUUAUAGGUGUAUUUUAAAAAUAGUUAAAUCAGCAUACACCCCCAAUUUUGAAAAAUAUGUUGGAAAGGCAUCAGCCAUGAUGUCAUUUAAAUUUCAGACUCUGUAAUUUCAAUUAGUUUUACAUUUAUUGAAUUUUUUUGCUAUCUUAAACAGACUCAAAACAUAAAGAAUUUCGUCAACAUAUUACCCUACCAAGAAAUGUCGUAAAAAGUGAAAAUAUAUGAUUGCUUGAGCCUUGGCUUCUUUAUAUUCGGAAUUCCUUGGGUCUUACUUUUUAAGACUGAAAUAGCAUAAGUUAGUUUUAUUGUAGAUGCAAUUAAAUAUGGUCCAGGGAAGACAUAGAGAAAUACGGCGUGAUUAAGUUUGUAGUCUUAAGGUUUUAAAAUUGUCAUCAUUUAAGAACUGUAAGCUGUUUUGGUACUGUAAGAUUUUGAUUUCUUACAUUAUUUUUAUCCUGCUCAAUUUGUUUAUUAUGUCGAAAGCUGUUGUAGAUUUAAGUGCUUUCAUAAUUUUCCAAACAUUUUCUGUACAAGUGCAAAUUUUAUUUUUGGAGAUAAAUAGAAUGAAAAUACUGAAGGCUAUGUUGUUAAAUUAAAAAGCUAAAUCUCUUUUUCUCUAGUAAAUUGUUGAUCUAGAAUAGAAUCCUAUUAAUAAAAAUUAAAAAAAGAUAUAUUUUUGAAAAACAAUAGAGAAUAUAGUAGUUACAAUUGAUUUCUUGAACAAUGUGAUAGUAAUUUUACUGCAUCGACUAAACCCGGUUUUACUAUAAUAGCGAAAACAGAAACUUUAACCUAUUAAAGGAAGCUUUAUCUAUAAUUUGUGUCAAAAUGGUUUGAGAGUUCAACUCAAAAAUGUUAUCACAUUUUCUUUUAAGUAUAAUAUUAAUUAAAACUACCCGUCAAUUGUUUUGACUGUCAGAAAAACAGAUAAAAAACCUGGCAAGUAGUUUUCCAAACUGUGCUCAUUACCAUAUACCUAAAUAAGACAAUUUUGCCACUAAAUCUUCCAGGCAUUACAACUUUAUUAUUCUUAGCUUUUAGUUUUUUUGCUUCAAAUGCUAACCUUUGUAGUGUUCAGUUGACUGUUUAUGUAUGUAAUUUUUAUAAAUGGUAAAAUAAAGUUGUAGUUAUACUUGACUUAUCACUAAAAUAUAACAUUGUAACUAUUAAGAUGGAGGUUUUAUGCUUAUGUCACCGUAGUUACCAUCUAUUGCCUGGUUCCUAUUCAGAAUCACGCUUUCAAUUUGAAAUAAUACUCGUGUAAAUUGUUAUCAAUAAUGAUUGAUGGAUUCCAACAAAUUUCAGUUGCGAGGUUUUGGUUAAACUGGUUUAAGUAUGUCUACAGCGGCAUCACAUCUCUUAUACUGUUUUUGACAUAUGCCAUUAGUUAUAGGACAUUUGUUUAGUUUAUUAAGACAUAUUAAUCUCCCGUGUUUUGAGCUAGGCUAUAUGUUUCCUUGUAAAAGAUUCAUUAUUAAAGUGUUGUUUUAUUUAGUUUAGAUUUAAAAAUACUUCCUUACUGUUUUUGCAUUCAAAAUAACUAUUGCGUUUGCAAUGUUUACUCCGUGAAUUCUACCACAUAUGGACAACCACCAGCACAAAGGGACUAGUGAUAAUGGCAUAUCUUGAGAUGGUAUAAUUGUUAACGCUUUUUAUAUAUUUAUUUCAUAAAUGUAUAAAAUUGUGGUACAGAGAUAUUGUUGUUCUAGGAAUACAUUUACACGGACAAUGUUUGGUAGAUGAAAUAACAUUUUAAAACAUUCCCUUGCCAAUUUUUUGUGUAAAAGAACCGUGAACAAUUAUGACAAAAAAGUGCUUACCACUACAGUUGUUUCUAGGACUGUAGCUAAUGCUAAAUUAAAUAUUGAAAUCCCAGACAAAAUGUCCGUGUAAAUGUAGGCAGUAGCAACCUUAGCUAGGUACAGUGAACAGUAGCCGUCGUAAUCAUGCAUGUGACAUCUAGUCAAAAUAUAUUGUUUAUGUCAGUAUAUAUAGCCUAACUAUGAGUGUAACUAUGAUUUUUCUAUCUUGCCCUCUAAACGUGCCUGCGAGCACCAUUAUUUGUGUAGGCUUAGAUGUACCCUUGAGGAAAAAUAAAUUAACGUAUAACCAUAUUUUAUGCCAUACUGCGCUGUUACAGACGACAUUCUAGCCACAACUUCAAUUUGUUUACUGAUUCCGAUGUGGAUUUUAAGUAUUUCUGUUUUGGUAAAUUUUACGAUACUCUAGUCUGUUUUCUGAUUGGAAAAAUGUAAAACUUGCAGGGUGUGUAAUAUUUAUUUGAGCACAAAGAGAAUAGGCAGUCAAUGGCUUGACGCUCAUCCAUCGGUUUCAACAACUUGAAAUGUUUAAAGUCCUGAAUAAAAUUUAAUAAAACCCAA